CCCUACAUUGUAAGUAUGAAGCAAUUAUCCUUCUCGGAAAAAAAGUCGGAGGCAUGUAUAGGCAAAUUAAGUGCAGAUAUUUUUAGGAAUCUGUCAUGCCCCUCGUCAUCCCCAGGGGAAGGAUAUAAGGAGCCCAGUGCAGGAGGAAGAAGCAAAUACUUUAAACAGAGGACAAUUCUUCUCUCCGUACAGAAGAAAGACAGUAUGGAGAACCGGACACAGCAACCUCCCACCAUCUCUGCCACUCCAAGUCCCCCGGGGGACCACACAGAACUUGGUGCAAGAAAACUACAGAAUUCAACGCCAGCUCAGGUCGGGAUUGUGGGAAAUGACAAAGAAGGUCGCGAGGAGACACCAGGGCAAGAUGGGGGAUGGGCACCUGAACGGAAUGUGGGGUCACAAGACGUUAAAGAAAUCAUAAAGGCAAUGGUGUUGACGCCCCUCUACUGUUACUUCAAAACGGGUCAGUUUGUCAACAAAGAAGGUCGCGAGGAGACACCAGGGCAAGAUGGGGGAAGGGCACCUGACCAGAAUGUGGGGUCACAAGACGUUCAAGAAAUCAUAAAGGCAAUGGUGUUGACGCCCCUCUACUGUUACUUCAAAACGGGUCAGUUUGCCAACAUUGGAGUCGGAAGGGGAGAGAAUCGAUCCGAGGACCAAACAAAAGCGGUGCCAGGAUGUGGCAAGAUGGCAGGCGAAGCGUCAAGGGAACCCAUUAAUGGAAGCCAAGAGCCUGAUCCUCUAUAUGAUGCUCAUACUCCAAGCAUGCUUAGGCAUAGACAUGACUCAUUACUUUGGACAAUGGGUUAUAGAGAUGACAAAUUUACUAGGAGCGGGAAAAUGAGUUAUAUAGAUGACAUAUUACCUAGAGGACCAACUAGGAGAGAGACAAUGGGUUCUGGUGGGGGUUAUGGUGGUGGGGCAAUGGGUUCUGGCGGGGGUUAUGGUGGUGGGGCAAUGGGUUCUGGCGGGGGUUAUGGUGGUGGGGCAAUGGGUUAUGGUGGGGGAAUGGGUUAUGGUAGGGGAAUGGGUUAUGGCGGGGGAAUGGGUUAUAGAGGGGCAAUGGGUUAUAGAGGGACAAUGGGUUAUAUAGAUGACAGAUUACCUAGUCUUCAUCGUCGUCGUCCUCCUCAUCCUCCUCAUCUUCCUUCUCCUCGUUAUCGGGCACUAAUAGAAGAUUUCUGGAACAUACAAAGCGCAACAGAAGUGCAUUAUUUGGAUGAAAUCUAA